GUGAGAUCGUAGAGGAGAUAAAUUAAGAAUGCACAAAAUCAAUAAGUUCUAGAAGUCAUUGCCAACAGAGGGAAUCAAAUCCUUUGGAGAGGAGUUGGUUGUGAGAAAAGGGUGCCAGCAAUGCCUGGAUCGCCUGUGGAAGUGAAGAUACAGUCAAGAUCCUCACCUCCCAUCAUGCCACCCCUCCCACCAAUAAAUCCUGGAGGACCGAGGCCAGUGUCCUUUACUCCUACAGCAUUAAGCAAUGGCAUCAACCAUUCCCCUCCUACCCUGAAUGGCGCCCCAUCACCACCACAGAGAUUCAGCAAUGGUCCUGCCUCUUCUACAUCAUCUGCACUAACAAAUCAACAGUUGCCAGCUACUUGUGGUGCUCGGCAGCUCAGCAAGUUGAAACGCUUUCUCACUACUCUGCAACAGUUUGGAAAUGACAUCUCACCUGAGAUUGGAGAGAAGGUUCGGACUCUUGUUCUAGCACUGGUGAAUUCAACAGUGACAAUUGAAGAGUUCCAUUGCAAGCUCCAAGAGGCUACAAACUUUCCUCUUCGUCCAUUUGUGAUUCCAUUUCUCAAGGCCAACCUGCCCCUGCUGCAGCGAGAACUGCUGCAUUGUGCCCGGGCUGCCAAGCAGACCCCAUCCCAGUACUUGGCUCAGCACGAGCACCUUCUGCUCAAUACCAGUAUCGCAUCUCCUGCUGACUCUUCUGAACUGCUUAUGGAGGUUCAUGGAAAUGGAAAGAGGCCCAGUCCUGAAAGGAGGGAAGAGAAUAGUUUUGAAAGAGAUACAAUUGCUUCUGAACCACCUGCCAAGAGAGUGUGUACUAUCAGCCCUGCUCCCCGGCACAGUCCUGCCCUCACUGUGCCCCUCAUGAAUCCUGGGGGCCAGUUCCAUCCCACUCCACCACCUCUUCAGCACUAUACUUUAGAAGACAUUGCAACUUCUCACCUGUAUCGGGAACCCAACAAGAUGCUAGAACACCGAGAAGUUCGUGAGAGGCACCACAAUCUCAAUCUGAAUGGAGGCUAUCAAGAUGAGUUGGUAGACCACCGUCUGACAGAAAGGGAAUGGGCUGAUGAAUGGAAACAUCUUGACCAUGCCCUGAAUUGCAUUAUGGAAAUGGUAGAGAAAACGAGGCGGUCCAUGGCAGUUCUGAGGCGCUGUCAGGAAUCUGAUCGUGAAGAACUCAACUAUUGGAAAAGGCGAUUUAAUGAAAACACAGAGAUGAGGAAAUCUGGGACUGAGCUAGUCUCCAGACAGCACAGCCCUGGGAGUACAGAUUCUCUCAGCAACGAUUCUCAACGGGAAUUCACCAGUAGACCAGGAACAGGAUAUGUGCCUGUGGAGUUUUGGAAGAAAACAGAAGAAGCUGUGAAUAAGGUGAAAAUUCAGGCCAUGUCAGAGGUACAAAAGGCUGUAGCUGAGGCAGAGCAAAAAGCCUUUGAAGUGAUUGCAACCGAGAGAGCUCGAAUGGAGCAAACCAUAGCGGAUGUCAAAAGGCAGGCUGCAGAAGAUGCUUUCCUGGUCAUCAAUGAGCAAGAAGAGUCCACAGAGAACUGCUGGAACUGUGGCCGAAAAGCCAGCGAGACGUGCAGUGGCUGCAAUAUUGCUCGCUACUGUGGUUCCUUCUGCCAGCACAAGGACUGGGAACGGCACCACCGCCUCUGUGGCCAGAGUCUGCAUGGCCACAGUCCCCACAGCCAGAGCCGGCCACUGCUCCCUGGAGGGCGGGGCUCAGCCAGGUCUGCUGACUGCAGUGUGCCCAGCCCAGCCCUGGACAAGACCUCAGCCACCACCUCACGUUCCUCAACACCUGCCUCUGUGACAGCCAUCGAUGCCAAUGGACUCUGAGCCACAGACUCCACCAGCCCUGAUGACCACUCCACAUGGCAGAAUGCUUGCACCAGGGAGCUGGCAAUUGAAACAAGUAGCUGUUGAGUCAUCAGCAAGAAAUGAAUUGGCAGGAAGCAUCCAAGAAGCAUUCCACAGCUUCUCUAGGAUUUGCCACAUGUCCUUGGGAGAACUGGUGUGUCAUUCUCUGCACACGGAAAGUAGCUUGAGCCUCCUCCAUGAUGUUCCUGAUGUUUCUCUUCCAGCUAAAACUGGCAUAACCUGCCUCUUCUCAGCGUAGACCACCAGGCUCCCUCCAACUCCUUGCAUCAGCAGAUUGUCAGUAGUGUCCACCAGGCACCUGUGCCCCAUACCAUCCAUAGUAGAGGCAUGAAGGCUGGAAGCAGGCUAAGGGAGACCUUUCCUCCCUCUGCCUCCAAACAGUUUCUUGAGCUGCAUCUUCACCCUCAGAUGGCACUGAUCAGUUUAACAGACUCUAGUAGCCAAAAAGCAGUACUCAGGACUCCUUCCUGAGCCACUCAAACAUGCCAGAAAGAAGCCACCACUUCAGUAAAGUCUCUAGUAAUGGUAAAAAUUAAAGCAGUCUUUCCCAAGCAUCAUAGAUCAUUUUGGACAAGAUUUUCCAACCUGGCCAGCUCCAUUAGCUUGGAACCCACCUCCCAGCUCCAGUGUUUCACUUGAUUUUGCUUGUGCAAAAAUAAUCUCCAUCGCAUGGAUUGGUCUGAGAGAGGAUGAAACCAUUGUGUUAGUCUUUUCUCUGAGCAUGCUGGCCAAACUGAAAUAUUGAGUGCAUCACCUCUUGGAAAUGCAAAACCCUUUGCUGUUGCUUGACUGUUUAAACAGUCGUCUUGUUCUUUGUGUCCUUCUGUCUCUCACUGUGCAUGUCUGGAUCACUGGGGGUGUCUCUGGCCCAUAGGUUCUGUUUGGCACCUGUCAAGCUACAGUUUGAACAGUGCUCCUGAUGCUGGUAGAUUAUUCAUACCUGGUUUUAUGGCAUUACACCACUUCAUGGGUUUUAUCAGGUGAACAUUCUCAGCCUCCUUUUUCUAUGUUAUGUGUUUAAUAGCAUCCCUCACAGCUCAGAAAGGAUUUGUGAAGUGUGGGAACCGUUUUGAAAAGCCUGACCAGUUUUUCUUCCCAUCUUCAGGGGUUUUUCCAAUUACCUGAUUCUCCAAAUAGAGUAUCAUCUGUACCUAUUUAACAGGCUAAGUACUGCCUCUGACACCUUUUCUACUGCUGUUUGAGGUUUGUUAGGAGUCCCAGGACCUUUCCCCUCCCACUCAGUAUCCUCCUGCCCUGAGCAGUCAAUUAGAAUGAGUCAUCAACUUUGAUCUGUUGGCUUUUGGAAACUGUGGUCACCUUCUGUACAAUGACCACAUCUGAAUAUUAUUAGCCCUUGCCCCAUAAAAGCAUGGAUGUCAUUGUCCUUGCAUAUAGUUACAGCUGAUUUUAAGAUUUUUGAAACCCUACUUUUUUGAACAAGAAUUUUCAGCUUCAGAAACUUAGACUUUUAAAAUAAUUUUUCAGCAUACAAUACCCAAGACCUACUAGUUGUCAGACAAUCUGGUACAGCCUGGCAUCCCUGGCCACAUCCCCUUCAGCCUGCUGUUGAGUAUCCUAGCCACUAGGGACAACUUUGCUUUACUAGGUAGAGUCAGUACCAGACACAAGGCUGUGUCAUGAGAAGAUCACAGGCUUCUGGGAAUCUGAGAAUGUCUCCCGGUGUAACCUGGGUUCGUUAUUUCAUUAGUAAAUUGGAUGAACAUCUGAGUGUUAAAAUCUUGGAGCCACAGGACUACUCCAGGUGGUUAGAAUAUAGAGCUAGAACUAGAACACUACUUCUUACCAGGUUGGAGAUCAGUUCCUACAGCAAAGGUUUGGGUUAAGGGCCUGGCCUACUUUUGUGGGCUACAUGGUUGCCCUGACAGAUUCUGAGUUUCUGUUUUUGUUUGUUUUUUGUUUUCUGAGACAGGGUUUCUCUGUGUGGCUUUGGAGCCUAUCCUGGCACUUGCUCUAUAGACCAGUCUGGCCUCAAACUCACAGAGAUCCUCCUGCCUCUGCCUCUCAAGUGCUGGGAUUAAAGGCGUGUGUCACCAACGCCCGGCCUAGAUUCUGAGUUUCUAUAGUCCUGUUUGGGAACUGUUUGGCUUCUGUCCCUUCACAGAUUUGUCUAUAGACCUGGACAGGGCUGCAGACUAGAGAGUUCAGUUUUCAGACUGUCACUGUCUUGACGCUGGUCAGCAUCGCUCUUAAGUGGCAUCUGCUGAGGACUGACUUUUCACACUCCGGGAGCUCCCUUCCGCACUUCUCCAACCUCCCCCCAGUCAGGAGAAGCAGCAGCAUCUAGGGUAGCAGCUGGAGUGAGUCCCGGCUUCCCACUUGAUUUCUAGUCUGCCAAUACAUACGAUCCAAUACUUGACUGGAAGUGAACAUAAAGCUUCCACUCAUCCACUCUAAGAAAAGAAGAAACAGCUGAGUCAGGCUGCUCAGAGGUCUGGACUCCCAGCAGUAACUAUUUGGGGAACAAAAAGAUGAGGGCUUUAUCAUCCCCUACCAGGUGAAAGAUAAAAUUGCAGAAGCCAGACAACACCAAAAGUAGUGCAACUGGAGUUAUGCAACCAUCCCUCACUCCAGCAAACGGUGAAGACUUGGUAGGUAGGACGCUGUGGAAGUUAAAGGAGAUGUGGCUUAUUUGGUAGUGUGGCUAGCAUGCAGAAGCCCUGGAUUGGAUUCCCAGUAUGACAUAAACCAGCUUAUCUAUCAUCUCAGCACUUGGGAGAUGGAAAGCAGGAGGACGAGAAGUUUAAGGUCAUCCUUAAAUACAUAGCAAUUCUGAGGCCAACCUGAGUUACAUAAAACCUAUCUCAACAAAAAGAAUCACAUUGAAGAAGGGUCCCUUGUAGCUCCAUCAGAUUGGCUCAUGCCAGCAGGUGGCGGUGAGGGCAUAAACUGAGUGGCUUUUUCCUGAGUCACUAAAUCACGUGUGGAAACAUCUGCCUGCCCGCUCAGGUCUGCUCAGGGCAUUGGCAGUUACCUUCAGCAGUGUGGAUUCUUUUACCCAUUUGGUCCCCAGGAGGUGCUUCACUUCUUGAUGUCAACUCUAGCAUCUUUAGCUUCCAGAGGGGAUAUCUACAUUUUAGUUUGUAUAGCCCUGUCCCAAAAGAUGGAAGUGACCCAUACCUGCUUAUAGAGGGUGAAGACAUUUUUCUGAGUGGCUCUGGAAGCUAUCUCAGCAAGUAUGUGAGGACUCAACAGAACUGCAAGUGUGUAUUAGUGGAGCAUAAGGAAUGAGCAGAUGGCCAUCGUCCUGGAAACUGCAGACGGGAUUGUGGGUUGAAAAAACCAUUACAAAUAGGACACAUCUUGGAGGCUUUCUUCAGAACUGGACUAGAACCAAGGUUUCCAGGCUCCUGGCUCAGAAGACCAAGCCAGCGUGCUUUGAUGAAUGUUAGCUGUUUGCAGAGAACUGGGUGGUGGCAUGUUUGAACCAAAUGUGAGAAAAGCCAGAAGAAACUGAGCUGGCUAGUGUGGGCCAGGUGGCCAGCUGUGGAAGAUCCUUGACCUGGCAGCUGCUUAGCAGAGCCUGCCCACUCAAGUAUAUUCCUUGUAAAGCCAAAAUGCUGAACUACCUGCUUCUGCCUCAUGUGUUGACACCCCUUUCCAAAGAUGAUGGAGUAAGUGUGAGCCAGGAAGAAGUUGAGAUGGUGGGCAAUGAUUUGACCCUCAAUCUCUCCUUCCACAGCCCAAGAGGUAGGUGGUGCUUCCCACUCAGACCCCAUCUUGUCAGGCCUCCAGCUGCCCAGUGUACACUGUCAAUGCUUAUACCAAAUAGGGCAUGUGCAGCUGGUGUCUGUCAGGGACAGCCCAGUCCCUGCCUUGUAGUUGCCAGGGAGAAGCUGCAACAAUUGUUCCAGUGAAUGGUUGAAAGGGCUGUUUGAUACAAGGCCUUCAUUCCACUCCUGUGGCUUUCCAAGUUCCUGAUGAGGCUGCAAAGGCUCCAUCCCUACAGAAAACCAAUAAUGUAAAUAGAAAGCCAAGCUUCCAAGCAUGGUUUGCAGAGGUUGGUGAUGAAUGUGAAGCCACCCACAGGAUACAUUUGAAUCUGGUUUUUCUGUGCUUUGUCAUUUGACUCAAUAGGAACUUUUGUUACUUAACUCUGUGCAUAACUUAUUUAAUGUACUGUAUAAAUGAACCAAAACUGUUAAAUACGUAUUUAGUUUGUUCUACUUAAAGUAGUUAAUAAAGAUGAUAUAUUCCUUUUCUGACUCAA